UGAUGAACGCUCUGCUCCUGUUCUCCUGCAUCAAUACAGCUGUUGUUGGAGCACCAGUUCUAGUUACAGGACACAGAGGAGAGACCGUUCACAUCACAUGUCCUUAUGAGUCUGGAUAUGAAACAAACAAGAAGUAUUUGUGUAAAGGGAAGUGUGGAUUUAGGAAUAAGGUCAUCAUUGUUGAAUCAGGAUCUCCAGCUAAAGACAAGAGAUUUUCUCUGAUUGAUGACACGACUGCAAGAGUUUUCACCGUCACAAUAACUGAUCUGAGAACAGAAGAUGAGGGCAAAUACUGGUGUGGAGUGAGCACUUCAUAUCUAUUACCUGAUCAAUAUUCAGAGAUUUUGUUGCUUGUUAAACUUGAAGAAAAAAAGACCACUGACAUCAGAUCCUUAUCAGUCACACCGUCCUAUCUCAGCACAUCUGACAUGAAUGUACAGUCCAUCAUCGAACCCACGGAUCAGAGUCUCUCCACAACUAUUUCUAUCUGUCUGUCUGAAUCUCACUGAUCGCUGAAGGAUCUGUGAAUCUUUUACUGGCGUUUCACGAUCAUGUUAUGUCAUUGAUGGGCUUGAAUCUUGUCUGAGUUUCAGUAACUGGACAGACGGAAACAUCUGUUUGUCUUGUUUCAUGUAGUUCAAGUUAAUCAUAUAAAACAUACAAUACAGCUGCCUAAAUGACAGUAAAUAUGAGCGUUAUGUGGGAGGUUUUUAGACGAUGUCAUGCAGAAAUAUCACGAGGGAAAGACUUGAUAUUGCUUUAAAUUACACUUGAGAUAUAUGCUCCAAAUUUGAUCUUUAUCCAAAGUGACUUUGUGUAUUCAAGGUAUACAAUUUAUAUCAUUGUGUCUGUUCAAUGGGAAUUGAACACACAACCUUUUAUCCUGCUAGCGCAAUGCUCCUUGAUAACCCUAAUAACACACAUUCGUCUGGGAGACGUCUAUUUGAUG